AAUUACAAAAUAAGUUUCUUAUCGGAUAUCAUUUUGCAGAGAAGAGUGAGAAUAAACAACUUUCAACAAAAGAAUUAUCAAUCACAGUUUAUAGCAAACGAUGUCGGGUUGGGACGAAGGAGGGGUAUACUACAGCGAGCAGGCACAAUUCCCUGAAUCGGGAACGGACACAGCUCCAAGCCGCCAUACAAUCCUCCAAAAAUUCAAAGAGUUCAUCAGAAACUUUGAAUCCAAAAAAAAUGUAUUUCCAUACCGUGAAAGUCUCGUCCAUAACCCUAGAUCCCUUCUUAUCCACCUCGAAGAUCUUCUUUCCUUCGACGCUGAACUUCCCUCCCUCCUCCGCGCCUCUCCCGCCGACUACCUUCCCUUGUUUGAAACGGCGGCGCGUGAGGUUUUACAGAGUUUGAGGUUAAAGGAGCAAGUGGAGAGUGGAGAAAUGAAGGAACCGGAGAUUAAAGAAGUGCAGAUCUUGUUAAGUUCCAAAGAGGAUCCCGUGUCUAUGAGAUUUCUAGGGGCUCAAUACAUAUCAAAGCUGGUCAAGAUCGCUGGGAUAACUAUAGCUGCUUCAAGGAUCAAGGCAAAGGCAACUUAUGUUUCUUUAGUUUGCAAGAAUUGUCAAAGUACUAGGGAAGUUCCUUGUCGUCCUGGUCUUGGUGGUGCUAUUGUCCCUCGUUCUUGUGAUCAUGUUCCUCAGCCUGGUGAAGAGCCUUGCCCAAUUGAUCCUUGGAUGGUGGUUCCUGAUAAGAGUAAGUAUGUUGAUCAGCAGACCCUGAAACUGCAGGAGAAUCCUGAGGAUGUUCCUACUGGAGAGCUUCCAAGAAAUAUGCUUCUAUCAGUGGAUCGUCAUCUCGUCCAAAGAAUCGUACCUGGAACAAGAUUGACCAUCAUAGGGAUUUAUAGCAUCUUUCAGGCAGCCAACUCGUCAACUUCCCACAGAGGAGCAGUUGCAGUUAGACAGCCCUAUAUUAGAGUCGUGGGAAUAGAGGAAAUAAAUGAGGCCAAUUCUCAGGGUCAUACAGCUUUCACACAGGAGGAGACAGAAGAAUUCAAAACGUUUGCUUCCCGUACUGAUGUAUAUGAAUCCAUAUGCUCCAAGAUUGCUCCUUCUAUUUUUGGAGAAGAGCAAGUGAAAAAGGCAGUGGCUUGUCUUUUGUUUGGAGGAGCAAGGAAGAAUUUGCCUGAUGGGGUGAAGCUAAGAGGUGAUAUCAAUGUGUUGCUUUUGGGCGAUCCAUCCACUGCUAAAUCACAGUUUCUCAAGUUUGUUGAGAAGACUGCUCCAAUAGCUGUGUACACCUCUGGAAAAGGUUCAUCCGCUGCUGGUCUUACAGCUUCUGUGAUACGAGACAGCAGCUCGCGUGAAUUCUAUCUUGAGGGAGGAGCUAUGGUUUUGGCAGAUGGAGGUGUUGUCUGUAUAGAUGAGUUUGACAAAAUGAGGCCUGAGGACAGGGUUGCUAUUCAUGAAGCCAUGGAGCAGCAAACAAUAUCCAUUGCAAAAGCCGGAAUAACAACUGUUCUCAAUUCUAGAACUUCAGUGCUUGCAGCUGCCAAUCCUCCAUCUGGUCGCUAUGAUGAUCUUAAGACUGCGCAGGAAAAUAUUGAUUUACAGACCACAAUUCUCUCUCGAUUUGACUUGAUCUUCAUUGUGAAGGAUAGAAGAGAUUAUAUUCGAGAUAAGAUCAUAGCUAGUCAUAUAAUAAAGGUUCAUGCGUCUGCUGAUGCUGCUUCUGCUGAUAUUAGAGUCGCUAAAGAAGAGAAUUGGCUGAAGAGGUAUAUACAAUACUGUCGAACUGAAUGCCAUCCCCGUCUAUCAGAAUCUGCAUCCAAUAGAUUGCAAAAUGAGUAUGUCAAAUUCAGACAGGACAUGAGAAAGCAGGCAAAUGAAACUGGGGAGGCUACUGCAGUACCCAUUACUGUAAGGCAGCUAGAAGCUAUCAUAAGGUUGAGUGAGGCUCUUGCUAAAAUGAAAUUGUCCCAUGUUGCCACUGAGGCAGAUGUCAUUGAAGCAGUAAAUCUUUUUAAAGUUUCGACCAUUGAAGCAGCACAGUGUGGCAUAAAUCAACAAGUGACUCUUACUCCUGAAAUAAAGCAAGCAGAAACUCAGAUAAAGAGAAGAAUAGGAAUUGGAAUGCGUAUAUCAGAAAGAAAGCUGAUUGACGAACUUGCCAGAAUGGGAAUGAAUGAUUCAGUUGUGAGAAGGGCUCUUAUAGUCAUGCAUCAAAGGGAUGAAAUUGAAUACAAGCAUGAGCGCCGCAUCAUUGUACGGAAACUGUAAUGGUUGCAAAGAGCUAGAUCCUCUGCUAAAAAAAGAAAAAAAUUAAAUCAAGGGCUAUUCAUGCUCAGCAGUUAAUUAAGCAAGUUGAUGGCAAACAAUUCUUCAGUCCUGAUCCUGGGGAAACAGGAACAUAAAUUAGGCAGCAGGAUGAAGAGGCUAUAUUUUACUAUUAAUCUUACUCAUGUUUAAUGGACAUGGCCUUUCAAUACUCAUUAAACCAAGUGCAGAACUUUAGCAUUUUUCUAUGUUGUAUGUGUUAAUUUGAAUUAGAGAUCAGUUAAAUUGUAUCUAUUAAUUUGUAUUAGAGGUUAGUUUUUCUGUAUAAUAGUGAUUUUUCAAAUAUUAGCAGCAGGAAAUGCAAUUUUACGAACUUCAUUCUAGCUCAAGUCAACUUGUGAUGGGCGACUGGAGCUAAGCUUGUUAAAAUUUGACAAAUUUUUAUCAGUUUUUUAUGGUGUAAA